CACGUUAGAGUAACGCUAUUUAACGCUAUUUGAAAUAAUGUAUAUCUCGUGUAAUAACUAACAGAUUAAUUUAUAAUUCCUUUAGUAAAUUAUAUUGCCCUAGAGAAUGUAAUAUGUUUACGAUACCUAGGUUUAUGAUUAAUAGCGAAUGUCAGUUGAGAUCCAAAAAUGGCGAACCGUCAAAACAAACCCCUACAGUUUUCACAGUUGACGAAUUUAACAUAGAUCUAUUGUUUAUUAAUCAACAGUUAACAGUUAACGAAGAUAAUAAAGAUUCUUCUAAUGGCAGUCGGUGUACUGAAAUUGCAGAAUGGCAUCUAAAAUAUUAUAUUUAAGGAAAAUGUCCGGCUUGGCUGGGCGGAGCAACGAUAUACUUUACCUUUCUCCGUUAAUAUUAUCCAGAAUCCAACGAUUACUUAUAUUUUUUGGUGGGGAUGUGCAAGAUUUGGAAGAAGCUAUGAAAGUACACAAUGACAGUAAAAAAUACUUGCGUUGGAGCUUAGAGAGCACAAUGCAAUUGUUGGCAGCAAGAUUCCCUCGAAAUCAUGUAAUAGUCAUUCGACCUUCAAGGAUGGAGGAUAUGAAUUAUGGAGUAUUCGCUUGUUACGAUAAUUUUGUCCCAGGGAAUAAGUAUGGUGUUCCAACAUUUUCAUCUUCACUCGACGCACUAAAACAUUUGGAAAAACUCCUUUUAUCGGUAUCAACGUACCUUGCGUCUCAAGAUACAUCUCAGGGGAUAUAUCCACAUGACAUUGAAAGAGCAGAAUUAGUCUUAAUGGGAUUUAGUAAAGGAUGCGUUGUUUUAAAUCAAAUUUUACAUGAAUUUCAUACUCUUCACACCCAGCAAAUUGUAGAUAAAAACUUAAAAGAAUUUGUUGAACGUAUAAAAGAUAUGGCGUGGUUAGAUGGUGGUCAUUGUGGCAAAAAAGACACGUGGAUCACGAACAAAAGUAUUUUGGAGUCAUUCUCAAAACUGAAAAUAAAUGUUCACGUACAUGUGACCCCUCAACAAGUACGGGAUGAACACAGACCUUGGAUUCGGAAAGAAGAAGAAAGUUUUUGUAAUAUAUUACAGAGAUUAGGGGUACUAGUAGAACAUUCCCUACAUUAUGAAAAUGAUCAAAGAAGUCUUGAAAUGCAUUUUGAUGUACUAGCUGCUAUUAAAGAAGAGCACGACUCUUAAUCGUUGUAUUACUUAUUCACU